AAAGCUGCCAGCUGAGUUAAUACAGAAAUGGAAAGCAUCAAACCACCGCCCGUUGCUGAUCGAAACCAUCCACCCGAAAUUCUCAAUUCGGGAUCGAAAGAAUGAGCGACGACUCCAAGACCAGAGGCCUUUCCGGCGACCAGCAGGGGCAGAGCCAGAGCCAGCAGCAGUACUACGGCACCUUCCAAGGCGUCGCCAACUACUACCCUCCGCCUCCGCAGCCACCGCCUGAGCCGGUUGUCGGGUUUCCUCAGCCGGUCCCACCUCCCCGUUCUUCCGGCCGUCCUCCCUUGCCUCCCUUGCCUCCCUUGCCUCCCCAUCAUCACCACCACCACCACCACCAUCACCAACAUGGAUACCAAACGGUUACUGGUUAUGCUGUUGUGGAAGGAAGACCCGUAAGGGAACGACGCCUUCCUUGCUGUGGCAUCGGCAUAGGCUGGUUAUUGUUUAUAGCAGGUUUCUUUCUUGGAGGCAUCCCCUGGUAUGUUGGAACUUUCAUCUUACUUUGUGUGCAGGUGGACUACAGAGAAAAACCUGGAUAUGUAGCAUGCACAAUAGCUGCGAUUCUUGCUGUGAUUGCUAUUACUCUGGGCGUAACGAAUGGAGCUGAAAACCUGAUGAGGUUUAAUUAAGGACUGCGAACGAUGAUCUGAUCCUGCUUCUGUACCUAGCCUUCACUCGAAGGAGCUGUGGGGGGGAUGGCUAGUGCCGAUAAUCCAUAUGUUGGUUUGUCUUGCACAUGUACUUGACAGGAGAGUAGCGGGUGUUUGUUGUAUCUAUUCAAUAUGGUGUUCUAUUUUCUCAGAAUUUGCAAGCAUUCAUUACUCAAAACUACAUACAUACAAUUAUCUUGUGAUUAUAUCCAGAUGGCCAAUGCCGUACACCUUUCUAGAUUUCUUUCUCAAUGAAAAUCCGUAAAAACA